AUGGCCAACCGCUGGAACUUGGUAGGGAAGAGCGUGCGGGUGCCCGAGAUCACAUCGUCGAGAUGCAUCCCGGAGAGCACCGUCACUGGGACUCUCAGCUUCGAGGUGGCAGCUGCUCAUUACCCCAAUCUCUUAGCCAUGGGCGUGGACGAGUGCGCUAGAUCGGACGUCUACAGCUUCGGCGGCUACGAUUGGGGCAUCGAGUUGUACCCAUACAGGUGGUGGCCGGGCGACAACCAGGCAAGCAAUGCCAUGGCCUACUUGUGGUUUCUCGGCCCAGCCGGGCCAGUGCAUACCAAGUACACGCUGAGCGUGUUGGGUAACGAGGGAGAGGAACCGGUGGCCAGCUUCGGCGUGUUGGAGGGACUCUUUUCUCCGGUGGAACCCAAUAACUGCUGGGGCACAGUGCUGAAACCGCUGUCCGAGCUCGGGGACGGCGGCUUCACGUUACAGUACGUCCUCACCGUCAUCAACGUCGAGCCCUGGCCGAUGGAGCUGCCCGGCCACCUCGAGCGCAUGCUGGUGAAGGGAAGACGCGCGGACGUCCGGUUUCGGGUGCGCGGCCGAAACUUCCGCGCGCACAGCUCUAUCCUGGCCGAGCGGUCGCCCGUCUUCGAAGCGCAGCUCUUUGGCCCCAUGGCGGAGAAGGACAUGCGGCGGAUCAAGGUUGUCGGCAUGAGGCCAGCCAUCUUCAAGAUGAUGCUUCGCUAUAUCUAUACGGACAUACUGCCGUCAUGCAACGACCAAGGCGGCCGCAGCGCUGCGGUGAUGCAGCGUUUGCUUGUCGCGGCGGACAGGUACGGGCUGGACAGGCUGAAGCUCAUGUGCGAGGAAGAGCUGUGCCGGAGGAUCGACGCAGAGACCAUCAUGUCCAUGCACGCGCUGGCACAUCGGCACCAUUGUGAUCGGCUCAAGCAUGCAUGCCUCCAGUUUCUUACGUGGUCGCCCGGAAAUCCUCGCCGACGUCUUUGA